AUGGCGGAACAAGCCUUAAACAAUAGCUGGUUGACGAACGCCCUCCUCGGCGCAUCCCGGAGGAGAACCGAGUCUGAUCCAUCUACCGCGUCUUCUUCAAGCCACUUGAGCCCCUUCAGAUCAUCCGAGUCUUCGCAUUCGGCUGCUGAAAGCGAGAGGGCACAGUCGGAGGUAACCCCAACGACGAUUGCCUCGGGGUCUGAUGAUCUUGCAGCGCCUCUUCAACCGGCCCAUCAAUUUGUUGCCGAAAAUGGUGAAGGAUCAUUGGAUGGGGGUCUUAUACAUCAAAGGUCCAGAAAAGGCCACAAAAAGUCCCGUGAGGGAUGUUUUAACUGCAAGCGGCGGAAGAUCAAGUGCCAAGAAACUCAGCCAGCAUGUGAGAAUUGUACGAAAAAGAACCUCCAGUGCUCCUACCCCGCUCCAAAGACCUUGAAAGCUCUCCAAGGAUCACUGCUCUACUCAUCAAACCCGAUCGCCUCCGUCAAUCUGCAAGGUACGCCAACCAUCUUCUCCUUGACGGAUAUGCGGCUUUUCCACCACUUCUUAAUGGAUGCAUACCCACACCUGCCCGUUGGAAAUGACUUGGCAUGGCUUACUCAAGUGCCCUUAAUCGCACAUCAUAACGCAUACCUCAUGCACGCCAUUCUUGGUAUGUCAGCGUCACAUCUAGAGCUUCUCACCGGAGAGUCGCUCGGUGCCGUAGCAAUCCAUCAUCGACUACUUGCCGUUCAAGGAUCGAAUGCCGCACUUUCCAGGAGGGUUCGCACCGGCAGCGAUGGUGAUGCUCUCUUGGGAGCUUGCUACCUUCUCGCCUUCCAAGCUUCAUACAUGAAAGAUGGCCUCUCCGAGUUCUUUACAAUGGUUCGAGGCUGUAGUCUCCUCAGUAAUCAAUUGAGGGCAGAGAAGUUGCCUAUGGCUUUCUUUCUCACAGAAAAGGACCACUUCCAAUUCAUGGAAGAUCGACUUCUGAACCUGCCCGUUAUCAGCCCCAAGCUGGUUGAAGGCGCGCAAGCAUCGCUUGUAGCCGUACAGCCCCUCUGCGCAAUGCCCUCUCAGACCGACUUUUACCAGCUUCUGCACGAAUGUGUUGAGGCAAUUAAACUGUCUUCGUUGCGCGUGUACUUCAAAUUUAUCUCUAUAUACCGAGGAAUCAUCGAUAUGGAUCUCGAGAUGUUCCACGAGUUCAUGGAUCCCAGCAACAUCGUUGUGCAGCUGUUAAUUGCACAUUUCUUUGCUCUCCAGCUUGUCGUCGCACCAAUCAUCAACCGAGAAUGGGCUGGGAGGAAGAGGUCAACCCCGCUCAGAUUUCGACUAGAUCAGAUCUACCAAUUGUCGAAAGGUAUCCCAGACUCAUACAAGAGCCAUCUGGCCUGGCCCUUGGCAAUUGCAGAUGCGGUCAUGGACGAAGUAGCCGGCAAGAAACCUCUGGUUCCACGGGUUCCAAUACUGAGGAACAAGGAGUGGGCUGAUCCUGCGAGUGCUGUUCUGGGAUGGUCUUGACAGUACUUCGAAAUUACGCCCUUUCAUGAGCUUCUAAAAACCCAUUUCCCUCUCUCUACUUCUACUUCCUCGACAUCUCAUACAACAAUCCUCUACCUCCUCACCCGAACCAACUUCAGACCCUGCCGCCAUCACUGCCGACUACUCGGCCGCCGGAAUGGAUGCAAUUCAAGCACCCAUCCCAUCACCACUCUCCAUCCGCACAUCCCCACCCGCC